UCUUUCGUCCCUUCCUAUCUCUCUCCUUCCCUCCUCCUUCCCUCCUGUCUCCUUCCUGUAAUCUCUUCCCCAUAAGAUCUUCCCCCAAUAUAUAAAGGUACUAGGCCUUGCUGGCGCCCGAGAGUGUAAGAAAGGCAGGAAAAGUGAGUGGCGAGUGUGUGGGGCGACACUGUACCCUCCCCACGGUUUUGGAGGACAAAGUGAAAGAUGGAGGCGGAAGGAAGGGCCAGUGAGCUGCGUAUGCUUGACCUCUGAGUGGACGUAGGGAAAAAAAAAAAUGCCACGUUUCGGAAAUAACUUGUAUCAUAAGUAGAGAACGUGCAUCCCGUUAAGCAGCCGCGCACUGCAAGGCCACGAGAGUACGUGGUAUGAUCGCAAGUGUUACGUCCGGAAAUCAGCGUUUAAUUGCGUGUGUCUUAAUAGAAAAAAAUAGCUGAUUUCCAAAUUAUACAUCAAAGUAUGACCUCGUCUAGUUCAGGAGAGUCCUUCGUAUAAAUGCACUGGUGUGUGUAUGUGUGUGUGAGUGUUAUUGCUAGUUCUCUCUCUCUCUCUCUCUCUCUCUCUCUCUCUCUCUCUGUCAGUAGUUGCACAGGUCUUCAAGGGUAUUUUUACGGUUUUAGUGACAGAUUAACAACAUUUCUACAUUAAUAACAGGAGAAACACCAUUGAAAACCCUGAUAAUCAUCUUUAUAGCUUUGAAAAACAGUCGUGAGGAGAGAGAGAGAGAGAGAGAGAGAGAGAGAGAGAGUAGGAGCAUUUCAGUUGAGCCUAUUCUGCCCUGGUUCGUGUUUUCUGCGGUGACACGGUGCCGCACUGAGUGAAGAUUGCGUUCAUAAUCACUUAUCGGGGGUGGAGUGGGGAAAGGAGAGUCAGGAAGUGAGGAUAUUUAUAUUAUUUGACAUAUUAUUUGAUAGCAUGUCAACUUUUGUGUGUGUGUGUGUGUGUGGGUGGGUGGGUGGGUGUUGGAUCAGUGACAGGUGGCGCUGGGGAGUUACCACGGCGAGCGGCUGGCUGGCUGCAGUGUUUUGGUCAGCACUGGUCAAUCUUGCCCUACACGCUCUAUUAACCAGUGUUUCCGUCUUCCCGACACCUUCUUCCUGCACCAAGCACCUGCACCAAGCACCGUCAAGCAUCACCAGAGAGGCACGAGUACGUAAGCUAUCCGACAUCAGAACAGUAUAUGAAUAUGGCAAAUGCUGUUUUGACAUCAUUUCCUGCCAUCCUGAGAAACAGUGACCUCGAGGAGCAUGAAUUGCAGCUGCAAUGGAAAUUGCGCAUCCAGCGCAAGUUUCAGAAUUCAAGAAAGAGGCAGGAUUCCUCAGUGACUGAGGUGACGUCAAGGAAAAAGAAGAUCCCUUGCAUAGCGCCAAAAGAGACUAUGUGUCCACUGAUGUAUGGAGUAAAGGCUUACCUUCCACCAAGGCCCCAUUCAGAAGAUGAUGAGUCAUUAGAAAGACAUAGACAGUGGCUUCCUCUACAUUGGAUGAAGAAAGAUCCUGAGUUAGAUAAGAUAAUCAAGGAGUUCCUGAGAUUAGAACCACAAGCGGAUGAACCAGACCCAAGAGUAGCAGUUUUGAAAGGGCUGGAGAAAUAUAGGCUCCCAAUAAUUGCCAUUCUCAAAAAAAGAAAAGCAGUUCCUCUGUAUAUGGAAACCUUACUUGAACUCUAUGACCACAAUGAAAGUCAAUGCGAGUAAUGUCUAGUUCAAUUUGUUCAUUUCAGUAGCUGGUAGCAAUUUAAUAUAUGUAUCUUUUCAUCAUUAACAAUGCAUCUUUCACUUUUAUAAGCCUAGUAUUCAUGAAACUAUGCUGCAUGCAAAAACCAAACAUUGUAUUAAGCAUGACCUAUCUAACUGUAAUGUUUGCACCAAUUUCUAUAAAGGUACUAAUUUAAUUGUUAAAUUCCUGCUCUUCUAUCAAAAUUUGGCUGAGUGCUAUGGCUAAAUAAUUGUUUGCAGCAUAAGUGAUGUUAAAGAUUUUAAUAGGUGUAAAGCAUCUCUCUCUCUCUCUCUUUCUCUCUCUCUCUCUCUCUCUCUGUCACACACACACACACACACACACACACACACACACACACACACACACACACA